AAGAGCGAGAGCCGAGCCGUUGCGGGUUGCUAGCGAGAGAGCGAGAUGGGCGACCAGAGCGAGACGAAGUCUACUAUCACAGAAACCGAAACUCCAUCUCCUAACAUAUUCAUACCUGAUUCAUGGUCUGAAGCAGCGGACUCCAUUGCUUAUGAUUCAAACACUUCACCGCCUCCAAUUGCUUUCAUCUGCGGCGCCAAAAAUAGCGGCAAAACCACAUUCUCCCGCCAUCUUCUCAACACUCUUUUGCAGAGGUACAGGAAAGUUGCUUAUUUGGAUACAGAUGUUGGGCAGCCAGAGUUUACUCCCACUGGCUGUCUGUCCCUUACUGUCAUUGACAAAUUAACUCCAGAUUUGACAAUUCCCUGUCUCAAAACACCUGAAAGGUGUUUUUUCUUUGGUGAUAUUUCUUCAAAAAGGGAUCCCAAAGCUUAUUUGAAUUUUAUAUUCUCCCUCUAUGAUUACUUUCGUAUGAAGUAUUAUACAUCCGAUGAGAUGGGAAGUCCCGAACAAACUCAGUUGCCUCUUGUUGUUAAUACCCCUGGAUGGGUGAAAGGUAUUGGCUAUGAAAUUUUGGUGGAAAUGUUGAAAUAUAUUGCUCCUAGCCAUGUGGUCCAGAUACGGAUCUCUGCUGAAAGUAAGAAUUUACCAACUGGGGCAUUCUGGUUAGAUGCUGAUAGUGGGGAGAUGGUUAAUCUGAUUGAGAUCAGUUCAGCGCGGCAAGAUUCAUUUAAUAGAUCGGUGUUGGUACAGAAGGAUGCACGUCUUAUGCGGGAUAUACGAAUUAUUGCUUAUUUCAGACAGUGCUUUCCAAGUGACUCGGAUAUCACCACAUUCAAGGAACUUUCUCGUGCCUUGGCUUCUCAUCCUCCUUAUGAAGUCCCUAUAUCAAGUAUCAAAGUUAGACAUCUCCAUUGCCAGGUCCCAAGCAGUGAAAUCUUCCAUAGUCUAAAUGCAACCAUUGUUGGUCUAGCUGUUAGUUCUGCAAAGUCUUCAGAAUCUGAGCCUUGCAUACCUCAGUGUGUUGGUCUUGGGAUUGUUAGAGGCAUUGAUAUCUCGAAAGAUUUAUUCUAUGUGAUUACACCUGUUCCGAGGUGCAAUCUGAAGAAGGUAGAUCUUUUUCUACAGGGGUUUAUUCAAAUUCCGAUCUGUCUUCUGCAGGUACAAGGAUGUAUGUCGCCUUACAUGUCAGCGAAUGUGCUGCUUACAAACUAGCUCUCUUGACCAGUUGUACUGGUGCUAGUUGUACAGGAAUAUUUUCUGAUCCCUUUAUGGUGGUUGCUGACUGAAGUUUUCAAAUAAUUGGAAAGGAUCAUUUGUAAUUUAGGAUACGUUUCAUUGAUUUAAAAUUUAGGGGACUAUAUAUACUCUUUUAUAGAAUCUCAAAAGCUGCGACAGAAAACCUGCAUUUUCUGGGUGGGUGCUUUGCUUAACUCAGAGAAGAUGAUUCUAUAAUGUCA